AAAUUUUUUACAAAAUUUGCUGAAUAAUAAAUACUAUAAACGAAAGAAUUUUUCGUUAAAAAACAAAUCCAUUAAGCUUAAAUCUAUAUCAUAAAUCUUAUAAAAGAAUAAUAAAAUAACUCUAAAAAGGUACAUAUGGAUAACUAUAUUAAGAUAGAACUUGUAGGGAAAGGAAAUUUUGGAUUGGCAGUAUUAGUUUAGUCCAAAAUCAAUCGAAAAUAUUAUAUAAUGAAGAUUAUAGAUAUUUUGCGUUUAGAUUAAAGAUAAAGAUAAGAUGCAUUAAAUGAAGUUAAAUUUUUAAAAGAACUAGGACAUCCUUUCAUCAUAGCUUAUCGUGAGUCUUUUGUCGAUAAAGAUCGAUAUUUGUGUAUAGUUAUGGAUUAUUGUGAAGAAGGAGAUCUUUACAAUUAAAUUAUUGAAUAAAAGAAAACAGGAUAAGGAUUUACAGAAUAAUAAAUUCUGGAAUGGUUUGUUUAAAUUUGUUUUGGUUUGAAAUUUAUUCACGAUAGGAGAAUAUUACAUAGGGAUCUUAAAACCCAAAACAUUUUUUUAACUAAAUCAAAGUAAAUCAAAAUAGGAGACUUUGGUAUUGCUAAAGUACUUUAAAAUACUUGUGAAAUGGCUAAGACAGCCAUAGGAACGCCUUACUAUUUAUCUCCUGAAAUAUGUUAAUAAAAGCCCUAUAAUCAAAAAACUGAUAUAUGGAGUCUUGGGUGCAUUUUAUAUGAAUUAUGUACACUAAGACAUGCUUUUGAUGCAAAACAUUAAUAGGGGUUGGUUCUUAAAAUCUUAAAGGGAAACUAUCCUUCUAUUCCAAAUUGCUACUCACCCUAAUUAAGCGAUUUAAUAGGCGAAAUGCUUUAAAGACAUCCUGCAAAAAGGCCUUCUGUUAAAAAAAUUUUAGAAAAAUAGUUUUUAGCUAACACAAUAAAUAAAAUUUUGGCAAAUAUGGUGUAAUAAUCAAGUAACCGCAAAGGAACAAGCUCUUAAAAUGAUGUUUAAGUAAUAUAAUAAUUAGCAGAAGGGAUUCAGUCAAAUAAUAUAGAAAGACAAAUCACAAAAAAUGAUGAAAACCAAGCUCCUUUAGCAAAAUAAUAGUAAGAGCAAUAAAAGUCAAACAUAUAAAAUAGUAAUUAGCAGCCACAAAGCUUAAAUUCUUCUUUUUUAAGGCAAUUAUAUUAACACCAGAAUUAAAUAUAAAAUCCAUAGUAAUAAUAGUAAAUAGCAUCUAAUUGCGAUAGUAUUAUUUAACAACAGAAACUCUAAUAUUUACAAAAUUAGCAAGAAUAUAAAGAAAAGUAAGGAGUUUAAAACUAAAUCUCUUACUCUUAAAGCGCUAUUAAAUAAAAUGGAGAAGAGUUUAGAACUCCAAUUUAAGAAAAAAAAAUAAAUAAUCUUUAUGGUUCAUCAUCUUCUGACUAAUAAUAAUCCACUACUUUAGCAGAAAUAAAAAGCUAAUUUCCUUCAUUUUAGAUGAAUGGAGGUGUUGGAUAACAGUAAGCAAAUUAAAUUUCCCUAAAUCUAGGCAACUAAUAGAUUUAGAUGAAAAAUAACAUUUAAGGUAAUUAAGCAAAUAUAAAUAACAUCUAAUUGAUAAAUAAAAAUGAAAAUUAAAUUCUAUAAAAUAAUGGUGUAAGAUAAUCUUCUCUAACUAGAUAAGACAAUAUAAAUCCUUAUUAAAACUAUAAAAAUAUUUAAAGUAUAUAAAAUCCCUUGAGAAGAUCUUUCGAUGGAUCUUAAGACAAUAGUAUUUAUUAAAAUUAAAAAAGUACCUCGCCUUUAUUAUAAAAUCAAAAUAACUCAAAUAAUAAGAUAGUAAGUCCUUUGUAUCACAAAAGCUCAAACAAAAUAAUUAACCCUUAGUAAAAUAAUGUAUAUACUAGUAUUCCUCCUUUAGCUAAUUAAAAUCAAGCAGUCAGAAGCAGUAUAGAGCACUUAAGCAAUCCAUUACUACCAUCUUUAUCCUCUUCUUCUAUUUCUUCAAGUAGAAAACAGCAAGGAAAUUCAGGCAGUUUAGCAAAUAUACCUCUUCCUAAUUAAAAUCAUUAAAAAAAUUCUUUAUCCCAAAUACCUAAUUUUUCCCUACCUCAAAUAUAAUAAUAAUAAAGCGAUUAAUAAAUACAAAAAUAACGAUCAAACUCUAUAAACUCUAUCUUAAGCAAUCAAAAAAAGUAAUUCAAUAAUACCUAAUAAUCUGACUCUGAUGAAGAUUUUGAAGAGCCUGAAGAUUAGAGAGUUAAAUGCGAAUUUUUGGGUGUAGAUGGUAUUCAAAUUCCAGGUAUGAGUGAGAAAGACUCAAUAUUUAACAGAAUAGAAGCAUUAAAAGUUUAUUUAGAAAGAAAUCUAGGCGAAGAUUUAUUUAUUUAAAUUUACUAAGAAAUUCAGCUGUAAGAUUAAAACUUGAGUGAAACAGAUUAAACCAAACGUAUAAAUAGUAUUCUUAAUGUAGACUAAUAAAAAUUUAUUCCUCUUAUAUAUUAAAUGAUAUUUUGUGAAGAUUCCUACUAUACUAACUCAUGA